CACAGAGAAUCUUGUUCCAUGGGGAUUUCCAAGCUUUGAAUCCCACUACACAAUGAUAUGGUACAUAUAAUUUUCUAUGGUUUAUGCAUAAUCCAGACGUCUUCAUUACAGAUCAACGUGAUAUAGUUAAAGAAAAUUCAAGCCCUCCUGUUUUAUUGUCAUGAGAACCGGUUGCCAAUAUUGUUCGGGUGCUUCAGUCACUCUGUUAUAGUAGAGACACUAAUUUGAUACUCUGGUAUCUAUUUUUACAAUGCAAGCAUCCGAACGUCAUAGAAGUUCAAGCAUGCACUAUCAACUGAUGCAACAAACUGAGGCCUACUGCUUACCGCAGUAUCAAGCGCUAUACGGAAAUGACAUUAGAAGCCAUGGGACCCACUUUUCUACUCCAUGUUCUUCUGAACUCUAUUGCACAUUGGAGUCCUCCUCUGCGACUGGGAUUUUCCAUGUUUAUGACUCGCCUUCAACUGUCAGUUUCUCGCCUAGUGGGAGCCCAAUCUCGCAGCAAGAUUCUAAAUCAUACUCGUACCCAUCUGAUCAACAUCAGUCUCCAGACAAUACUUACAGCUCUCCAAUGAGUGGUUCCUGUGUAACUGAUGAUUUGCAUAGCUUCCAGCACAAAUUGCGAGAGCUGGAAAGUGUAAUGUUUGGCCCUGACUCUGAUAAUAUUGAUAGCUAUGACAGCACCAUCAAGGAAGGAAUUAACUUUCUUUGGCCUGAAAUGGAUGGCUGGAGGCAAACAAUGGCGGUAAUUUCUAGUAAGGACCUGAUACAGGUUCUAGUCGCAUGUGCAAAAGCCGUUUCAGAUAAUGAUUUGUUAAUGGCUCAAUGUUUGAUGGAUGAAUUACGCCAAAUGGUGUCAGUUUCUGGUGAACCAAUUCAUAGGUUGGGAGCAUAUAUGUUGGAAGGGCUUGUAGCUCGAUUGUCUGCCUCGGGGAGUUCAAUCUACAAGGCUUUAAGAUGCAAAGAACCGGCGAGUGUUGAGCUUCUCUCAUAUAUGCACAUACUUUACGAGGUCUGCCCCUACUUCAAAUUUGGUUACAUGUCUGCAAAUGGAGCCAUUGCUGAAGCUAUGAAAGAGGAGAGAGUUCAUAUUAUUGAUUUCCAAAUUGCUCAGGGAAGCCAAUGGAUUACUUUGAUUCAGGCUUUUGCUGCUAGACCUGGGGGACCACCCCACAUCCGAAUUACAGGUAUUGAUGAUUCUACAUCAGCUUAUGCUCGUGGAGGAGGACUAAACAUAGUGGGAAAGAGACUAUCAAAGUUGGCUGAGAAAUUCAACGUGCCAUUUGAAUUUCAUGCUGCAGCUAUCUCUGGCUGUAAUGUUCAGCUGCAUAAUCUCGGGGUUCGACCAGGGGAGGCUCUCGCUGUGAAUUUCGCAUUCAUGCUACAUCACAUGCCUGACGAAAGUGUCAGCACCGAGAAUCACCGUGAUCGACUGCUGCGCUUGGUGAAGAGCUUGUCUCCGAAGGUGGUGACACUUGUUGAGCAAGAAUCAAAUACAAACACUGCACCUUUCCUCCCUCGCUUCCUCGAAGCUCUGGACUACUACAAAGCUAUGUUCGAGUCGAUUGAUGUGACUCUUCCCAGAGAUCACAAAGAGCGAAUUAAUGUGGAGCAGCAUUGCUUGGCGAGAGAUGUUGUUAACAUCAUAGCUUGUGAAGGAGUCGAGAGGGAGCGGCACGAGGUGCUCGGCAAGUGGAGGGCCAGAUUUGCAAUGGCUGGUUUCACGCCUUACCCUCUGAGCUCAUUGGUGAAUAGUACCAUUAAGAAGCUGCUUGAGAAUUAUUCUGAUAGAUAUACACUUCAAGAAAGAGAUGCUCUCUAUCUGGGUUGGAUGAAUAGAGAUUUAGUAGCUUCUUGUGCUUGGAAGUGAGAACUGGGCAUUCUGCGAAGUUCUUUUUG